AUGGCAUUUAAAAACAAUUCUGUGACAGAUUCAUAUAGAAAGCAGGUUGUUAUUGAUGGAGAGACGUGUUUGUUAGACAUUCUGGACACUGCUGGACAGGAAGAGUAUAGUGCCAUGCGUGACCAGUACAUGAGAACUGGGGAAGGAUUCCUUUGUGUUUUUGCCAUUAACAACAGUAAAUCAUUUGCUGAUAUCAACCUUUACAGAGAACAGAUAAAGAGAGUAAAAGAUUCAGAUGAUGUGCCAAUGGUGCUAGUGGGAAAUAAGUGUGAUUUACCCACAAGAACAGUAGACACAAAACAAGCUCAAGAAUUAGCAAAAAGCUAUGGAAUCCCCUUCAUAGAGACAUCUGCUAAAACAAGACAGGGUGUGGAAGAUGCUUUUUACACACUGGUGAGAGAGAUCCGGCAGUACCGGAUGAAAAAGCUCAACAGCAACGAAGAUGGGAAUCAAGGCUGUAUGGGAUUGUCUUGUAUCAUGAUGUGAUAAGAUGCCAAGAAGACCUGGUUCAGAUGGAGCUGAUGGACGAAUCUUGAUGCCACUGUAUUGCGUCUUGUGAUGAUGCCCUGCAGUAUUUUGGUACCAGUUCAUUAGUACAAGGUCCUUUUCUGUGCUCCAUCUGAAGAGAACAUCUCUGGCAUAUACCUCCUUGCUCAGCUAAUAGAGCAGUCACAUCUCUUGAUGCACUGGGAUUCUCUUCUGUUUUAUCUGGGUUUGUUCAAGAAGAAAACCAGUCACAAGAAAAGUGAAUUUUAGAGACUAAAUGCUGUGAAAAAGAUGACACUUUACCUCUAGAGUAAAAACUAGACAUGAUUUUUGUCCCCAUUGUAUUGGAUUCAGAUUUGCGGUGCUGUCUGAGAAGUGGCCCUAAUCAUUCUCGGCAGGUAAUAUCAGAGAUGAUUUUGCCACUAUGAAUGCCUCUGUCACGUAUCGGAUUAGUAUCUGUUGUCUAUACACCUACACAGCAUAUCGGCAACAUCUGCGUUGUGCCAAGAGUACCACUUACCUACUCCUCUAUUUUCGGUAAUAAAAAUGAGAUAUCUUUGCUAUUUAAGUGCCUGUUUGCUAAGAAGAUCUGGAGUUGUACCCUCUUCUGUCAGGCUAAGGGAAGCCCCAAGGACUGGGAUUUUUUGGAAGCUCGUUGUCUUAAGCAGACAAGCCUUGAGAAGAAUGUGGGUGAUCUCUUUGCAUAA